AGCAUAUGUUUACAAAACGGAAUUCCCGGUAUUUUCGCAGAAAAUGGCAAAUAAAACAAUAAAAAUACCUACUUUGUGAGAGAUAACCAAACAUGUAGCAUGUCAGACGAGACAUGGAUGUAAAGAUGGCGCUUAACUUCUCAUCCCACUCUGGUUGCUACUGCUGUGAGCGUACAAACACGGCCAGGAUGGAUAUAGACUCGGCCCUUGACGAGCUUGGCAUGCUGAGUUCCAUCACUGAGAGUCGCAAACAGUAUUUAAGGGAGCGGGGAAGGACGCGAAGUGAGGGAGCCUUAUUUUCCAAGCGGCCCCACCAUGCUAAAACCCACAGCCUUCCCGUCAGCACUUCGACGUCUAGUUAUCACAUAGUGCAGAUAGACACAAAAUAUGUUACAGGAUUUUCCAGUUCACAGGAGGCGAGUGAACCCCAACCUGAGCCCCAGCCCGAGAGUUCAACCUCCCAGUCAAACUGUGAAGUGUUUCUCGAUCAAAGUAAGGACUACAGAAAUCCUCCGGAGAAUUUGGAUUCUACUGUUGAUAGUCAUCGUCGAUCAAAAAUGUUAAGACUUAAGUAUCGACAAGAAAAUAUUUCUGCGAGAAAUCAUAGAAUUUUGGCGAGAAAGCGUGCAAAGCAGCCGUAUGAAGUUCCAUGGCGAUUGACCCAAUCUUUCCAAGAAAGCAUGCUUUUAAAGGACAAUGACAUUCCAGAAUCUAAAUCCAACUCCUCAUCUCCGGUGAAACCGAUAAAUCCCGACUCGUUGUCAAGGUCAAGGUCAUUGGAUAACCUUGACUUUUCCUCAUUUGUUAUAAGCGAAUCUCGAGAGAAACAAGAUAUUGAUGGUGUGGCUUCGGGCAUUAAGAAUUUGAAUGUUACAGACUCUUGAGAGAGGUUUAUUUAAUUUUUGUUGAUUGGUUCAAUUUCACAAGGCUUUAAUAUUCAUGAGAUUUUGCAAAUGGAUGACGUGGUGAAUUGGUAACCUUUUGAAAGAGUAAUUUACUGAUGUCCAUCAUUGGUAAAGCUAUUAUGUGGCGAACUUUAAACCUCUUGAGUUUGAAGAAAUGAAACACCCAUUUGUUGUUUGAGAAACAUAGUCCGUGAAAUUAAACCAAUGACAGAUAUAGUUAGUUGUAUUUUCUUUCUUGUCAAAGACUAGUUUGUAAGACUUUUGAGUUUGCUUAAUUUUGUCUGGGUAUUCUGUCUGUCUUUCAGAAUCUGUAUCUUCAUUAUUUGUUUUAAAAAGAACAGGGUGCUGCAGAAAGGGGACAGGGUGCUGCAGAAAGGGGACAGGGUGCUGAGGGACAAAAGUGCACAUUGUAUCAGGCAUUGAAAGAAUACUUGAAGCAUUAUGCAUUUCAUAGAAAAUGUAAAAAAAUGUGCUUAUUUAAAGUAAUAUAAUGGUUUCAACUUCCAAAUAUGUAUUUAGUUUGUUGAAAUUCAUAAUCAUAAUCAUAUUUUAAGUUUUUGAUCAAAACAAAAGAAAUAUUUGAUUAUCUUAAGCAUUGAAUUCUUUGAAGGCAGGAGGGUGCUUCCAAAGCGAACAGGAGAGGUUGCAGCACCCUCACAUAACCUUCUAGCUUAAACCCUGCAUAACAUGGUUUAGAUACCUUCAUGAUUGUUCAACAGCCAAAACUGAAAUAGAAUAUUUUUUCUGUUCUCUUUCACUUUGAUUUCAAGUAGAUUGGCACGUCCUGAAUUAAUGUUGUAUUCAAUAUCAAGACCAAAUGACCAUACAAAGCUAAAUUUAAUACUGACAUGCCGAUACACAAAAAGUCCUAUCAUUUGUUCAAAUUUGAGGAACAUAUCAUCAAAAUUAGAAAUAUUUUAAUUAAAAAGCCUAAUUUUGUUUACGAUAAGUGUUCAGCAUCAUUAUGUUUUUAAUGGGACCUCUUGCUAUAUAAAAUUUAGGAAAUGAGCUGGCCCAGAAAGAAUUUUUCCAUAUGCAGGGCUCACGGGCUUGGGUUUUCGUUCAGUCAAUUUUCUGGCAUAUGGUCGGUCAGUUGGAUUUUUUCAGAAUUCACACUCAAUGUCAUAAAAUAAUUCGUUACAAAGGAUUGAAUAACUAUAAAUUUGUGUUUCCAUUUAUCAAAAAAACUUGUAUAGGUUGUUUUCUUCAUUGUAUGUGAAUCUCAAGGUCGUAUUUCAUCAAAGACAAGCCUUGGCUUAUUUUAUUGAGGCUUGUUUCAGUAUGGGGCAUUGUACGAGGGUGUAUCAAAAAAUGUGUGGACAUUUUCUCAUGAAUUAUUUCCGAGCUGAAAAAAGGUGUUUUUCUUGUCACUAAUGAAAACAAGUUCAUUUGACGUCUUUUGGCUGCAAUGUCUUGCUCUACUUCACUUAUAUUAAUUCCAUGGUCAGUGUCCACAUAUUUUUUGGUUGACCCUUGUGUUCUCUAAACAGUCUUUCCAAGUUAAAACAUUUCAACUAUUUUGUGUAUAUUAAAAUGGUUGUGUGUAGCCGUUCAUUUUUCGUCCCACCAAAACACAUGUUGUGGUAUCUACAUUACCUCGAAGCUUUCACAAACAUUAUUUUUUUAAGCUAAUUUUUUUUUCUGUGUUUAUAUUCUUGGUUGUAACAUAUUAUUUUGAAUAGUCAGUAAUGAUUAGUAUUAUUUAUUAUGUUGAUUGUCCAUGUUUUUUUCGGAGCUCACCAGACCACAAAGUGCUCUUUGUGCACUUUUAGAAUGCAUUGUUUUAUAAGGACCAGACACCAUAUGACACCAUUGGAAGGAAAAAUAAAAAUUGUGAAAAACUUUCAUAAAAUUGAUAGCAUUGUGUACAACGCAUCGAAUCUUACUUAUUGAUGUAUUACAUUGCUUAUGACACAUGACUUGUAUCUUUCGCAGUUUUUGCGUAUUUUUUCAAUUCGAAAAUUACUGCGCUUUUCUAUCACAUAAAUCACAUAGAAGUAAGUGAAAAUAAAAAUAAUUUUACCUUUUAUGAACAAGAUUAUGUUAAAAAUCAUACUAUUAACUUUUAUAUCAAUUCGUAGUGAAUCAACUAGAAAGAAUAGAUUGGUUAAUGUUUUCUUAACAAUAUAACGCCUACGUUGAAUCACAUUUAUGACUGGAAAUGAGAAAAUUGGAAAUGAUUUUUUCAGGGAAUUUAGAUUUUGAACAGCUACAGGUGGUUUCUUUUUUAUGUGUAAAAUGAGAAAUAAAUAAUAUAAGGUGGAAAUAAAUCAGUCGAAAUGAAAUUUAAUUAACUGAGAAAAAUAUAUGAUCAUUAAAGGAUGUCCGUCUGUAACCAAGGUGACAAUUUUCAUCUGAAAAAUAUAAAUUUAUGUUUGGAUUCUUCUUUUUUUCUGACAGAUCUGUAAUGCCAUAAUUUACGAAAGAUAAUAUUUAUAAUUUUGUUGAUCAUCUUAUAAUGAUUUUGUGAAGAAAUUAAAUAAUCUUGAACCUUUAAAGUUUGACUAAAAAUAGUGCAGUAUUGCACUGUGUUUGUUUUUGAUUUAACACUUUAAAGCCCUAAGAAUAUUUCAA